UACUUUAUCCAGACAAAAGAGAGAAGAUGGAAACGACAUCGAGGAGAGAAUUCGUCCAGAAAAGUGGAGAAAGACAAGAGCAGAAGCAGAUGCCUGUGAGUCUUAAACUUGAAGGAGAGAGACAGUUUGUGACGACGCACCAGGAGGAAUACAAACCCCAUCCGCACGUGGAGGCUGCAGCCGCGCGGAAGCAGAGAGCAGCGCCGAGAGCAGAGCCCACGCAGGCUCCUAUUCCUAUGGAGCAUCUGACCAAGUACAGAUGUGAUUUCCGCCAGAGAGACUGUAAGCCCCAAAGGAGAUCACCAGCCAUGCAGCAUCCUGACAACCUUGGCAUCAAUCUAGCGCUGAGGAGUGAUUUCAGGACAGUACAGAUGGAUUCCUACCCUGGCUGGGAUGCCUCUGAGCACCUCAGACCUGAGCCAGCCAAACUCAAAGAAGAACUGGUGGUUAAUGGUGAUGCAGAGUUCCAGGGUGACACAGUUACCAAGUUGGAUUUUCAGCGCCUCCCACUGGUCAGUGCCCGCCAGCAGCCUAUUAAAACCCGGGGGUCCAACCUGGACCUGCUGCAGGGACCCUUCAAUGGACAGACAUCCAACAGGGACUUCUUCAGAGACUGGGGUGUCAAAACGCGGGUGCGACACGGCGACCUCUACGACACGGGUCACGCGAAGCCUGUGGGAAAGUUUGAGAGUGAUACAACAAACUUGCUGACAUUUGUGCCAAAGAGGGCAGAAAAGGUGACUAACUGCAAGCGGCCGGAGAUGGUGGCCGUCCAGGGAGAGCAGGAUUUCAGCACCGUACAUCGAGAGGCUUAUCGGCCAAUCAGCCUCCCAGUGUGUCGACUGCGUCGGUACCUUCAGAAUCAUCCGACCAGGGAAAAUGAUGAGAAAUUAGGUAAACCGCCUCUUCCAGAUUUCACAGGAAAUAUACAGAAGCAAAAAAAAAUCCAUACUUAUACAUUAAAAGAUGGCAGAAAACUGUUGGAUUUUAUUUAUAUAAAAAAAAAAAAAAAAAAAAGCUAGAGUCCAUUAAAAUUUUAAAACAGAUUUUUUUUUGUACAGUAUAUAACCAAAAUGAUCUUUCCGGAGCGUUCUCAGAGAUGUGCCACCCGG